GUCCGCCUCUUUGGAGCCGAGGGCAAGUUCACCUCCGUCGGCUGUGAGAUAGAUAGAUAGAUAGAUAGAUAGAUAGAGAGAGACAGAGAGGGAAGGGGGUGAAGCGCAGCUGCGGACGCUUCGUCAUGGCGGCGGAAGCUCCGUCCGGCCUCCGCAUCCUUCUCCACCAGAACGUCAAGGAGCGCGGUUCCGUGCCCUUCUCCAGCCACGCCGAUCGGGACCGAGUCAUUGAAGUAUUUAGAAAAUUAUUGCUGAAAGGUGACCUUCCUGAAAAUUUUGCUCUUCAAGCAGUCCAAGAAGCUAUAAAGCCUCAGAAACAAACUGUGCUGGUCCAAGAUGAGAACCAAUCCCUGGAAAAUGCACUUCGGACAUUACUUCAGGAAUUAGUGUCAUCUGCAGUUCAAUCAGGUGAAAGGAUGAUGCAAUAUGGCCAAACGAUUGAUGAAGGAGAAAGUAUCCAUGGACAAAUACCACGCUUUCUUGAUAUUGUUCUUCAUCUCUGUGAUAGAGGACAUGUUGAAGGUGGCAUGAUAUUCCAGCUGUUAGAAGAUUUGACUGAGAUGUCAACCAUCAAAGAUUGCAAAGAAAUUUUUGGAUACAUUGAGAGCAAGCAAGAUAUCUUGGGUAAGCAAGAGCUUUUUGGUAGAGGGAAGCUUGUGAUGCUCAGAACGUGCAAUCAACUCCUUCGAAGACUGUCAAAGGCAAACGAUGUUGUAUUCUGUGGACGUAUUCUUAUGUUUCUUGCCCAUUUUUUCCCACUAUCAGAGCGCUCAGCUGUAAAUAUUAAGGGAGUUUUCAACACAUCAAAUGAAACUAAGUAUGAGAAAGAUGCUCCUGAUGGAAUUACUGUUGAUUUCAAUUUCUACAAAACCUUUUGGAGUUUACAGGAGCAUUUUAGUAAUCCAACUUCAACAACCCUUGCACCGUCCAAAUGGCAAAAAUUCGCAUUUAACUUGAUGGUUGUGUUGGACACAUUUGAAGCUCAGCCUCUUAGUGAUGAUGAUGGAAAUGUGAAUACUCUUGAGCAAGAAGAGGAGGAUGCUGUUUUCAACAUCAAGUACUUGACAAGCAGUAAAUUAAUGGGACUAGAGCUGAAAGAUCCCAGUUUUCGCCGCCAUAUCCUUGUUCAAUGUCUUAUAUUGUUUGAUUUUCUAAAGACCCCUGGCAAGAAUGACAAAGAUGGGCCCUCCGAAAGCAUGAAAGAAGAAAUUAAAUCUUGUGAAGAGCGUGUUAAGAAACUUCUAGAGGUCAUUCCUCCAAAGGGGAAGGAGUUCCUUCAAAGUAUAGAGCACAUAUUGGAACGUGAAAAGAAUUGGGUUUGGUGGAAACGAGAUGGUUGCCCAGCAUUUGAGAAACAACCUACUGAGAGAAAGAUUGGUCAUGAUGGAGCCAAGAAACGCAAACCAAGGUGGAGGCUAGGAAACAAAGAGCUAUCUCAACUAUGGAAAUGGGCAGAACAAAAUCCUAAUGCUUUGACUGACCCUCAGCGUGUUCGAAUGCCCUCAAUCACCGAGUAUUGGAAACCUCUUGGAGAGGAUAUGGAUGUUUCUGCUGGAAUUGAAGCUGAAUAUCAUCAUAAAAACAAUCGUGUUUACUGUUGGAAAGGCCUACGAUUUUCAGCCCGACAGGACUUGGAAGGAUUUUCUCGAUUUACUGAUCAUGGCAUCGAAGGAGUUGUACCACCAGAACUUCUACCACCGGAGGUUCGGUCCAAGUUUCAUACAAAACCUGGUGACAAGACAAAACGAGCUAAAAAGGAAGAAGCAAAAGGUGCUGCAGCGCAGCCCGAAGAUAGUCAGGUAGCAUCAGCUGCAGUUGAGACUGAUGGUGUUGGUAGUGGAGCUGAGCUUGAAGAUGGAGUGGCUCCUAUGGACUCUGAUGCUACAGCUGGAGAAGUUCAGAAGCAGAGCCCUGAUAUGGACUCUGGCCAUGAGGCUGGCCAAUCUGAAGCUGAAGGUGAAGCCGAAGGGGAUGCUAAAACUGAUGUCAAAAUGGAGGUUGAGGCUGCAGUUCAUGAUGAAACAAGUCCAAAGGAAGAUGGCAACCCAACAAGCAGAGAUACACGUAGCACUCGCAAAGAAAACUGAUUUCUUAGUUGUAGCAGCUUUCUGCCUCUCUCAGCUGCUGAUCGAGACAGCAAUAGAAUCCCAGCAAAGAUGAAACUGCACUGUUAUAUAGAGCUCUCAUUUUCUUCAAAUCUUAAUGAGUUGUAUAUUGCUAACCGGGAGCAAGAACCAGAUGUUUUAUCUGUCUAUAAACACUCUCAAUUGAGGCCUUUUAAGACA